AUGGCACAUGAGAAUCUGAUGAACAACUACUUCAACCCCAACUCGGUGUACACCGAAUAUGAUUUCAGACGUCACUUACGGAUGAGGCGUCAUGUAUUCGAGCGUUUACUUCAUGAUGUCCAACAUGUUAAUCCAUACUUUCGACAAAAACUGGACAGAGCAGGCUGUCCUGAUUUCUCACCUCAUCAGAAGGUUAUUAUUGCACUUCAAAUGCUGGCCUAUGCCUCCCCAACUGAUGUGAUGGAUGAUACAUAUGGUAUGUCUGAGUCUACAUGCCUUGAUAAUCUUGCUGAAUUCUGUCACACAAUUGUUCAGCUUUACAAAUAA